GUGAGGUUAGAUCGAUUUGUUUAUUAUGAUUUCAUUUUCUAAUUGUGUAGUUAAUAAAAACUGAAAUUAUUGAAAAAUACGUAUAUAAUAGUGAUUUAUUUAUUAACCUUUAAAUAAAUUUAUUAUCACCUAGUUCUUUUAUAUUUUCUACAAGCAAAUCAUUUUUGCACAUAAAAAUGUCUGGGUUCAGUGGUGUUUUACAGCUUACAGACUUGGAUGAUUUUAUCACACCCUCUCAAGAAUGUAUUAAGCCAGUUGAAAUAAAAAAAACAAGUUCCAGUGGUACCGGAUCAAAAAUAAAAAUACAGGAAGAUGGAGCUUACUUCCAAAUUGAAGAGGAUGGGUCUUCCCACAAAUUACAAAAGGUAGAGAUCACAUUAGCCGACUGCCUGGCUUGUUCUGGAUGUAUUACAUCAGCUGAAAGUGUUCUGGUCACACAACAAAGUCAAGAAGAAUUAAUUAGAGUAUUUGAGGAGAAUAAAAGGAUGAAACUUGAAGGCAAAUUAGAUGAAGCAAAAACGAUAAUAGUAUCUAUCUCAAUACAGCCAGUUCUUUCUUUAGCACAUAAAUAUGGCUUAGCUCCAAAUGACUGUGCAGCAAAGCUGACAACCUACUUAAAAAUGUUAGGUGCUGACAUGGUAGUCGACAUGACUAUCGCAGAAGAUUUUUCAUUACUUGAGGCCCGAAGGGAGUUUAUAAGGAGAUACAGAUCUACCGAGCAUGAUGGAGCUAAGAAUGUUUUGCCAAUGCUGGCAUCCAGUUGCCCAGGUUGGGUUUGUUAUGCUGAAAAAACUCAUGGCAGCUAUAUUCUACCAUACAUAUCUACCACAAAAUCACCCCAGCAGAUCAUGGGAUCCCUUAUUAAGCAGUGGGUGGGACAGAGUAAAUCCAUAUAUCAUGUAACUGUUAUGCCUUGCUAUGAUAAAAAAUUAGAAGCUGCCAGAGAAGAUUUUACUGAUAAAAAUGAUAACAUAAGGGAUGUCGAUUGCGUAAUCACAGCAAUCGAAUUGGACCAAAUGUUACAGACAUCAAAUAUAUCAUUAGAGACCCUGGAAAAUUCGACAUUUUCAAGACCUUGGAUCCGCAAUGAUAAUGAUACAGGGAGUCCAUGCUGUUUGUAUAGCCACAUUGGUUCAGGUUCUGGAGGAUACUCUGAUUAUAUUUUCAUAAAUUCUGCUAAAGAAUUAUUCGGAAUUACUUGCGAUAAUGUGGAGUAUAGACCUUUAAGAAACCCAGAUUUUAAAGAAGCCAUCCUGGAAAAAGACGGCAAGGUAUUGCUUAGGUUCGCCAUAGCGAACGGGUUUAGAAAUAUACAAAAUUUAGUGCAAAAAUUAAAAAGGGGAAAGUCUCAGUACCAUUAUGUGGAAGUCAUGGCUUGCCCAUCAGGUUGCCUAAAUGGCGGAGCCCAAGUAAGACCCAAAGAAGGAGUCUUACAAAAAGAAGUCAUCGGAGAAUUGGAGAAAAUGUACAGAAGUUUACCGGUGGCGACCCCGGAAGAAAACAAAAUGGUGAAUAGUUUGUAUGAGAACUGGUUAGGUGGACAGGAGAGUGAUAAGUCUAGCGCGGUGCUACAUACCCAGUAUCAUGCUGUAGAGAAAUCACAUAACGCCUUAAAUAUUAAGUGGUAAUUAUUAUCAUUAAGAUUUAAAUAAUAGUUUCAAUAAAAAGGGCGCUUAUUUUAAAUUAA